AUUGGAUGGCCACAAUUUAGCUAGCCAAGCUCCUCAUUGCUUCUCUCUCUCUUGCCCCCAUCCAUGGCUACGUGUACUCUCCCUCUGCCACCACAAAAGUCGCGCUUUUUCCCCGCCUAAAUCGUGGAAGAUCAGUGCGGCGGUGGUGCGAGCUCCUCAAUCCCCAGCCCGGCCAAGAAUUAGCGGGAAAGAUACAGUUUACCGUCCCUUGAGCAUGGAGCUCUGCACCUCUUCUGUAUCAGGUUCGGUACAAUGGUCUCGUAUAUCAGCAUUUGACUGUCGAACUCGGUCCCAUGGAUACGCGAGUUCAAGUUCCUGGGUUUGUCAAAGGAGGAGAAAAACAUCCUUUUAUGUCAUGAAUGCUGCGUCGACUGGUGCUCUGCCCCCUACAAAGAAGCUAAUCCCACGAACUAAUGUCAGAAACAUAUCCGGUGAUAAGCCCAGCAGUGCACUGGAGCAACUUGAUAUAGAACGUGGCGUCUGUAUCCCUUUCCGGAAGUACACUCCAGAGAUGGUCAGAAAUAGAGUCUUGGGAUCAAGAGGUUCUGUGCUGUCCCUCGCUAGUCGAGGCGUGGAGAUAAUUUGGAAACUUGGCCUUUACUGGUCAGCUCUAAUGUAUGACUUCUUGGUUGGGCGAGAUGAAGAGAUUGUUCCAUUCCGUGCCCGCCAGCUCCGCAAUCUUCUGUGUGAUUUGGGCCCUUCAUUCAUUAAAGCAGGACAGGUUUUAGCCAACAGGCCUGAUAUUAUUCGAGAGGAUUAUAUGAAUGAACUCUGUAUCUUGCAAGAUGAUGUUCCUCCAUUUCCUAACCAGGUAGCUUUUUCCAUAAUUGAGGAGGAACUUGGACAGCCAUUAGAGAGAUUGUUCAGCAGAAUCUCAUCACGGACAAUAGCAGCUGCAAGCUUAGGCCAAGUUUACCGUGCUACACUUAGAGAAACUGGCGAGGAUGUUGCUAUUAAGGUUCAGAGGCCAGGAAUUGAGCCCAUCAUAUAUCGAGAUCUUUUCCUGUUCCGAACUCUCGCAUCCUUUUUGAAUGGAAUUAGCCUUCAAAAACUAGGCUGCAAUGCAGAGCUUAUUGUGGAUGAAUUCGGUGAAAAACUUUUGGAAGAACUUGAUUACACCCUUGAAGCUACAAACAUCGAGGACUUCUUGGAAAAUUUCAAGGAUGAUCCAACUGUCAAGAUCCCUCAAGUAUAUAAGCAGUAUUCAGGUUCUCGUGUUUUAGUAAUGGAAUGGAUAGAUGGAAUCAGAUGCACUGACCCACAGGCUAUAAAAGAAGCAGGUAUUGAUGUGGAGGGCUUUCUCACAGUUGGAGUAAGUGCUGCAUUGCGUCAGUUGCUUGAAUUUGGCCUUUUCCAUGGAGAUCCACAUCCUGGAAAUAUCUUUGCGAUGCGUGAUGGUCGUAUUGCUUAUGUUGACUUUGGCAAUGUGGCUGUCCUAAGUCAGCAAAACAAACAAAUCCUAAUCGAUGCUGUUGUUCAUGCUGUAAAUGAAGACUAUGCUGAAAUGGCAAAUGACUUCACAAGGCUUGGCUUUCUUGCUAGUGGAACAGAUGUGUCCCCAAUUGUCCCAGCUCUGGAAGCUAUUUGGCAAAACUCAGCCGGGAAAGGCUUAGCAGACUUCAAUUUCCGGAGUGUAACCGGGAAGUUUAAUCAGCUUGUGUACAAUUACCCCAUCCGCAUCCCAGAAAGGUUUUCUUUGGUUAUUCGUUCAUUGUUGACACAAGAAGGGAUUUGCUUCACUCUGCAGCCUGAUUUUAAGUUUCUUGAGGUUGCAUAUCCAUAUGUAGCAAAGCGUCUCUUGACAGAUCCAAACCCUGCUCUCCGUGAACGGCUGAUACAGGUAUUAUUCAAAGAUGGUCUGUUCCAAUGGAAACGGCUAGAAAACCUUAUAGUUCUUGCCAAGGAAAACGUGUCCAAGAUGAGCAGCAAUCCUGCACUAAAAAAGAAUAGCUCGCAAAUUGAGAGAAAUCGACAAAUGGAGAAGAAAUUAGAUCUCACCGACACAAUAAAAGACGGAGCACGUUUGUUCCUUAUCGACGCUGGCAUCAGGAGACAACUUAUUAUGGCUUUCACGGAGGACUCCAAGUUGCAUGUAGAAGAGCUUGUUGAUGUGUACAGACUGGUCGAAGAUCAAAUCGACAUUCCAUCAGUUGCUCUCGAGGUUAUCCAAGAUUUACCAUCCGUCGCGCGCGAUUUCAUGCUUUCUUGGAGCGAUUCCAUCCUGUCAGAUCGGCAAUACUGAUCUCAGGUUAACAGUUUAGAGCAGCAAGCAGAAGUGCUGUCAAGACCUGCAGGAGCCAUUCUUCCUUCAGUUAACCUACACUAAAAUAGAUAGAUAUAGAUGACUACAUUUUUCCUCUUUGCUGUACACAAUUUGGUUUGCUAUUCUUUUCUAUAGUAUAUCAUUGUAUAGGAAACUUGCCAUCUGCAUUUCAUUUAUAUAUUUUCGAUGGCUCUGUAUAUGCCGUUUGUAUAGCGGAAGAAAAGGAACUUGUAUAUAGAAUGAGCUUGUAUUGUGGGAGAAAGUAGCUAUAUGUGUACAUCGAGGAAACUUACAUUAUAAGAUCAGAUCAUAUGUUUUGCAUGUUA